GCACAUGGCUCUGCUUGUUUCUUAGCACCCACACAUUGGUAGUGAGAAGGUGUAUUUUCACACACUACAGAUAAACACAACAGACCUAACUUAGUGUAAGUGGCACGAGCCGUUAACUUUCAAGGGCCAGCCAACAUGGCAACAAAUUUGGCUGUUAAGGCGCUCCUUGGCUGGGUGAACAGUCUAAAACUGUGCGACGCUGAAAUAACCGUUGAUGAGUUACAGGACGGGGUGAUAUUACUUAAGCUUGUUUAUAUGAUAAAAAAGGAGCCAAACUCCUGUUUAAAUGAUUCCCCUGAGGAUCGGCUCAGUGCGGUUGCAGAAUUUAUAGGUGGUGAAUGCAGAUUUAGUAACACCAAAGGCACUUCUCUCUGUUGGGAGAACAUCAGAGCUGGCAUCAACUCGACAGUUGAAAUUGCCAAGGUGCUUUUGUUGCUCAUACACCAAGAUAUGAUGAACGACCGCCUCACUCUGAACAUGUUGGACUGUGACGUGGAGCGAGAACUAGCCCACCUGUGCGGCUCCUUUGUUCUGGAGAGUGAGGGCCAAGUUUAUCUGGCCACUGGUCUUGAUGCUUAUUUGAGAAGAAGACAUUUGCCCGUCUCUCAAGAAAUUUUUGCAAGAUCUGCCACCACGUCUACCUCCAACACGUCGACAGUCUCCUCGCUCUCAGAUGACUCUGACGAGUCUCCGGUUUUCCACCGAGCAAAAACAAUCAAGUUUGUGGAGAUGGAAACUGUGGCUUCUACCUCAGUCAGUUCUCCUUUAGGGGAUGUUAUGAACACCCCCAAAUUUCAGCUGAAGAAGAUGCAGCGAGAGAUUAUAAAGGAGAGAGACUACAGAGACUGUUUAGAGAAGGAGCUGGCAAGCAAGAUCGCGCUCAUCGCACAGAGAGAGUCUCAAAUGAACCAGUUAAAGUACCGCUUAGAUAAGCUGCAAGAGGAACAAGAUGAUCAAGAGCACAUUGCUAGAGCACAAAUUAAUGAGCUGCAGAUCCAGAACAACAACUUACAGAGGCGUCUUGAUGAGAUGCUAAUGCAAAAUAAAGACCUGAAGAAUAACGCUUCCCUCAUGGAGCACAAAGUCGAUGAGCUUACGGAAGAAAAUGGUUUGCUUUCUACUCAGGUGAGAGCAGCAUGUUCACGGUUUGCCAUCUUUGAGACAGAAGUUGGCAGACUGACAGAAGAUCACGCGUCUGCUCAAGAGGAGUGGAGAAAGGAAACGAGCCGCCUACAGUCUGAGCUCGACCAAGCCACUGCUCAGAAGGAACUUCUCACGGAGCAAAUUGAGAUCCUCCAAGGAAAGAUUUCCUCUUUGGAAGAUGAAAUAAGGAGGGCCAGUCUUAGGGAAGAUGUAGGAGAAAAUAUGGGACCCAUUAUGGAGAUGGAUCAGCUAAAGACUGAGGUUUUUACAUACUGCAAACAUAUUGCUGUUCUUGAGGAGGAAGUAAGUCGACUGAGGCUGGAGAUCCAGACUAAAGAGGCUGAGGCAGAAAAGAUUCAAACUCAGCUAAUCAAACAGGAGCAGGAGAAAUUACUUAAAACUCAACAGGAGUCUGCUCAGCAGAUAAACCUCCUCCAGCAACAACUUGCAUCAGCAAAGGCAGACCUAAAACAACAUAAAGAGACACAAGCUGCAAACCUCAGGCUGAAAAAGAGCAUGCAGGAGUUGCAGGUUACUAUACUCAAGGAGAAGGAGGUUCUUGUCCAGGAAAAAGAGGUACUUUUGGCCAGGAUACUCCAGGCAGAAAAGGAUCAAGAAGCUCUGCAGGAACGAGUCGAAGCCCUAGUCUCUGAGAAGGAGAGACUUAUUCAAGCCAACCAGGCUGCAGAGAGAGAGAAUGUAGCCUUGCGUAAGCUUGAAUCUGUACUGCAGCAGGAGCUGGAAAUACUGAAAAUGGAGAAUAAAAAACUGCUGAAAGCGAAGGGAGAAGAAAUAGAGUUGACCAAGAGAGACCUGCAGGAGCAGCUUGCAGCUAAAUCAAAGGCUGCUCAACACUACAAGGCCCAGAUGGAGAAGGCUGUGAGUCAUUACAACAGCAAGAAGCUGCUUCUCCAGAAACGCCAAGAGGAGGUGGAUGCUCUCAAAUGUUCUCUAGAGGUCAAAGAGCAGGAAAUGCAGGCCAUUAUCACGGAAAAACGGCUACUUCAGCUUGAUUUGGAAAAAGCCCAAAGCAGUGAGAAGAUGCUUUCAAACAGGGUGGCCAGCUUGGAGGCACAGCUGGCAUUGGAUGACCAAACCUCCAAAGUACAGAAUAAGACUCAAGGCAGUGCAACAGGCUGGUGUUUCUUUGAAGUCCCAAACACAAACUCAAGUGGUUGCUCAAGAGCACAAGAGAAGAGAGCCAUGAGCUCUGACAGCCUGGACCAGAGCUCUCUGGACGACUCCCUGAACUUGAAAAGGGCCUGCACAGAGGACAAGAUGGAGGCAGAUUCCACCCAAAAUAACCCAACAUCUGCCAAACGAUGCAGAACCACACAGAAGAGUUCUGGCUGCCGUGAAGACGAUGAGCCUUUCUACAGCCUUCCUUCAGCUCACUCUCAGCUAAACCCAUCCAGUGCCAACUCCACUCGGCCCGUGUGUUUGGAGCUGUUUGACAUACCUGCAGAAAGCUGUGCCAGUGACCAACUCAUUGGUCUUCCAGGCUACAGACAUAGUGUCGUCUAUGCACAGCCCACAAGUACCUUCUACGUGGGAGCGGAGAACGAGCCUGACGGUGCACCUGAAGACUGGCUGAGGAUCGCUGAGCUCCAGACCAGGAACAAGGCCUGCCUGCCUCAUCUGAAGAGCAGCUACCCUUUGGAGACUGAGACCGGCAGGAAUGGCCCAUUCAUAUUCACAGACGAAGAGCUCCGUACAGGCGACCCAUCUGACACAAUCCGCCGGGUGUCCAAGAUGCCAGGCCAGGUGCAGGGCUCCCAUCAGCACUCUCUCACGUUGGGACAGACAGGUGGUACCGUCAGUACUCGUUUCCACCAUCUGUCCUUGUUGCCAGGCCAGCUGCCAUCAAAAACCAUCAACUCGCAUCAAUCGAGGAGCCUAAAAGGCCCAAAGCAGUCUUCAUCCAUGUUGUCUGUGCAGCAAACUUCACUUGAGAAAACAACAAACUACAGCUGCUUGCCUCGUCCACUCACCCCAAAAAACAACCUGAGCAGUGGACCUUCUAGCUCUAUUCUUUAUCCUGUCCUCGGUCCAGCUGAAUGGAGGCAGUCAGUGAUGUUUAUGGUUGAAAACAGCCCUAAAAGCAGCAACGGCCUAAAGAAACGUCUGAGCAAACUGCGUGGCUCCGCACGAAAAUCCCCACGCAGCAGUUUAAAGAAGUCGCCCGCACAGAUGAGCACACGCAGGUCUGAGGACAAAAUGCCAUCUGGGAGUUCUCAUGGAGUGGGACAAGCAGGAAAAGUCGGAAGCUACAAAUCACCUCAGGUGGCAACCAAAGAAUUAAAGAAAUCUCCCCAAACCACUAGCAGGUCUGUAACGUUUCCUGGACUGACAGGCAGUGCUCACAAGGUAAACAUGCACAGAUAAGUCUAUUAGGUUUAUAGGGCACACUUGUCUAGUCUCACUUCAAAGUGGAACAUUUAUUAAAGAUUAUUUUGUUGAGCUCUUGUAGUCCAGAAUUAGUCACAAAUGUUCUUAAUAAAAUGGUAACUGUGUAUCAUGGUCUAAUCUAGUGGAGAUGUUAUGCUUGAAUUUGCUUUUAGUUAUUCAGUGUUUUUAGUAAUUGUUGAAUUUGAAACUAUUUUCAGAAACAUGUGCCCAUAAAAGAAGAGAACCUUUCUUGAAGUUUUAAGAGACUAAUUAACAGUAACUUGAAUUCAUGUUAUGGUGGUUUGUUUCUCCACUGGCUGGUUGGUGGUUGUCACAAUGUGACAGAACAACUCAUGGUGUGUUUCUUGUAUAAAUAACUAGAUGGGGGGGACACAUUUCUCUCCACAUACUUUAAUGAUUACAGAUGCUACCGAAAUGCUCGCGUUUUCCUGUAACUUU